AUGGGGCAAUUGGCUACUCUCAUGUCCAACCAUGCUCAAGGUAAUCUGCCUAGCACAAUUGAGGUUAAGCCAAAAGAGCAAUGUCAAGCUAUUACAUUGAGAAGUGGAAAGAGGUACGAAGACCUACAAAUCAAGGAAGCUACACCGCCAAUCAGUAUUGAUCAUCAUAUUAAGGUUCCUUAUCCUCAAAGGCUCCGCAAGAACAACUUAGAUAAACAGUUUUCAAAUUUUCUGGAAGCAUUAAAGAAACUGCAUAUCAACAUUCCAUUUGCGGAGGCUCUAGAGAAAAUGCCCAGUUACGUGAAAUUCAUGAAAGACAUCCUAUCUAAGAAGAGAAAAAUGGGAGAAUAUGAAACUGUGGCAUUAACUAAAGAAUGUAGCGCUAUUCAGCAAAGGAAACUCCCUCAGAAGCUGAGAGAUCAUGGGAGUUUUACUAUACCUUGCACCAUAGGGAAUAUUGAGAGCAUGAAUGCUCUAUGUGAUUUGGGAGCAACCAUUAAUCUGAUGCCGCUUUCAGUUUUCAGAAGAUUAAAGCUGGGGGAAGCAAGGCUUACCAUGGUGACAUUACAAUUGGCAGACCGUUCAUUGGCACAUCCUCGAGGUAUAAUAGAAGAUGUCCUAGUGAAGGUGGACAAGUUUAUCUUCCCAUCAUAUUUUAUUGUACUUGAUAUGGAGGAGGAUACAAACGUUCCACUCAUCCUGGGUAGAUCAUUCUUGGCAAUAGGCCAAGUUUUGAUUGAUGUGCAGAAAGGUGAGUUGAAGUUGAGAGUACAAAGUGAGGAAGUUGUUUUCAAUGUACUCACGGCUAUGAAUUACUCUGGGGCCAGUGAUAGCUUUUUUUCUAUGGAUGUGGUAGAGAGUCUAGUGGAUGAGAAGAAGGUAGUAGAAGACCCUCUUGAGUUAAGUCUGAUAGAGGAGGAAGUUAUUGAACAAGAUGGGAAAGAAGCCAUGGAGUAUGCGAAGUGGUUGAAUUCUUAUGGGCCUUUGAAGAGGAAGUACUUUGAAGAGCUCGGUUCCGUGCCUACAAGACCAUUGCCUUCAGUUGAGAAGAUGGCAGAGUUAGAAUUGAAGAAGUUACUAAGGGUGUUGCGCAUGCAUAUGAGAGCCAUUGGGUGGACUUUAGCGGACAUCAAGGGGAUCAGCCCCUCAAUAGUGAUGCAUAGAAUUUUGAUGGAAGAUGGAAUUAAGCCAACUAUUGAUGCUCAAAGAAGGCUUAAUCCACCAAUGAAGGAAGUGGUCAGAAAAGAAGUAGUCAAGUGGUUAGAUGCAGGAGUGGCUUAUCCAAUUUCUGACAGCAGUCGGGUGAGUCCAGUUCAAGUGGUUUCCAAGAAAGGAGGGAUGACAGUGGUCAAGAAUGAAAAUAAUGAAUUGAUUCCAACUCUGAUUUUCACGAGUUGGAUGAUAUGUAUUGACUACUGA